UUGUUAAGCCACUGUGCAGUAGCGUGUAUCCACGCGUUAGUCCUGUGUGAUGCUUUGAGCUGGUAGCAAGUGGUGUCAAAAUGCUCAGCAAUAAAUGUGAUAGCAAUCAAAAAGGCAGUGAAUUACAAUCGUUAUGUUCAGUCUUGGGCGUUCGGUCAGAGGAUUAGGUUUGUUCAACAUUAUUGCAAUGAAUUAGUUUGUUUGCGCACGUGAUACGUGUGGAAAUAAUUCUAUUGUUUAAAUCAAAAUAAAAUAUUUCAAAAAAAAAUUAUCAAAACCAACGAGUGGAAAAAAAGUGAAAACCAAAAAAAAAAAUUAUAACAUAUGUGCGUUGAGUAGAUUUGCAGUUGUGGUUUUAUCUUUAAUUAAUUCGCGGUUUAUUUUUUCCAUUUGUGGCUGUCAAUCAUGAGAAUAAACUCGAUUGAAAAUUGAUGAAUAUUUAAUGUGUUUGCCUCUGACAAAAUGAGUUCAAGAGUUCAUUUGAUACCGAAAAACGUGAUGGGUGUGCUACGGAUUCUGAUAAUUCAGUUGAUUUCUCUGAAUUGGAGCGGUGCAACCUCAAUUACUACAGGCUUACCGUGCAAUUUUCACGAUUCAAUCAAUAUUACUGAUGGAUUACUCGGCAAAGACGAUUCGAUACAAUUCAAUGGGAUCAUAUUUCCAAGAGGUCAAUAUGCGGAAAUAGAUUAUAUCCUGGUUAAUGGAACGGAACGUAGUCCAGUGUCAUCACAUCGACGAGGAUGUCCGUGCAAAGUUAAAACUUGCAUUCGGCUUUGCUGCUCACCUGGAAAAGUUUUCGAUUCAAAAUUGGGAGUAAAAGAAAUCGGGGAGUUGUUCAAAUGUGCAAAUAAUGAUAAAGCCAAAAACUUAACGUUUGAAAUCCGGGAGAAAAAUAACAAAAUGGAAAAAGUUAACUUGAACGAAGAGUUUUCAUAUGUGAUCGCUACGUCACCAAAAGAUGAUUAUUUUUAUGGUAAAAAAUGGGAGAUAAAACAUACUGGUGAAGUUCUGGAUAUGGGCGAGUUGUACGAUCAUCAAAGCUAUUGUUUGCUAAAAUAUUUCGAUCAAAUGACUGGCGAAAUUAAAUUGAAUGUUCUCAUAUCUGACAAAGUAGACGAUGCGUAUAGCGAAAAGGAUUUAAUUUAUGCCAUAGCUAUGCUGAUAUCAGUGUCAUUUAUUGCUGCAACCUUUUUGGUAUACAUUUUGUUGCCGGAUUUGCGUAAUUUACAUGGAAAAUGUCUUCUCGGUUAUCUGUCCGGGCUAAUAGUUGGGUAUUCUUUGUUGACUUGGAUAAAACUCAACGGGUGGCAUAAAAAUGACCCAAUUUCUCGUAAAAUGAUUGGCCUUAUUACAUACUUUUCUCUGUUAUCUGCCUUUUUCUGGUCAAAUGUCAUUAGCUAUGACUUGCAUCGUAAUUUUCGCGCAAUACGCUCCAAAAUUUAUUCCGAACGCAAGAGAUUCGUUGCAUACAUGAUUUAUGCUUGGGGAUCACCAUUUCUUCUAACAAUAAUCGCUGUAGUUCUUGACUUUACCGAACCACUACCAGAUUAUUUACUACCAGGCAUUGGAACGAAAUCGAAUUUUUUAAAACCUUCAAAAGAUGGAAAACUUUCGCCAUUCCUAUACUUUUAUAUGCUCAUUUUAAUCAUAUUUUCGGCCAAUGCUGUGUUAUUUGUUGUGACAGCGUUUAAAAUUCGUCGAGCACAACGAGAAAUAUCUAAAAUUACAUCACAAGAAGAAAGUGCACGCCAUCAGAGCCAUUUGAAUAAUGAGAAAGACAAUCUGGUAUUAUUUAUGCGACUGUUUAUUAUCAUGGGAGUCUGUUGGAUUAUGGAAGCGAUUGAAUAUUUGACUCAAGACCCAAACAACGCAAAUUCAAACUGGCUCGUUAUAAUGAUGGACAUUUGGAAUCUGCUGCAAGGACUCAUCGUAUUCAUACUCUUUGUGAUGAAACGUCGUGUGCUGAUUUUAUUGAAGAAAAAAUACAGGGGAAUGCGUGGCACAACUGGAACAUCAAAUGGAAGUUCCCGAACGCGCAGCUCUUCUACAAAAACAACAAAUACGGAUUCACAAGUAUCUCGCGACACUCCAAUUCAAUGAUAUCUUUCAAGCUAUUUGAAAAUUUAUU